UUUCGACCGGCAAAGUUUGUCCUCCGUGGCAAAAGAGUUUCGUUUUUCGAGGUUUUUUUUUAUUUUUAAAGAAAAGUGCCUUUUUAGUGAAGCUGUGAAGUGUGAUUUAAGUUCGGUUUGUUUUGUGAAUAAAACAUUGCCCCUAAUGAGUCAUGCUUUGGAAUCGCCGGAUCGUUGACCGCAUCGUUUGGAAGCACCUGUAGACCUGCCUUGCCCGUCUUGUAUCAUAACGAGGGGAAGGAUCAUCACGUACAGGCCAAGUUCGGAAUGUCGAGCCAGUACACGUGGUCGACAGACAAAAUUUCCAGUGGUACCGAUUGUGGUGGCCCUCCGUUUAGAGGUCAACUCCGCGGAAGCAGCUGAUAACAAGAACACCGACCGAGCUCAAACCCGGUGAUGACCUUCCGCAGGGGGUGAUGAAAGGCAUCUAAUUCUAUAAUUUAGUAGUGAUUGUGAUAUAAUAGAGCCAAGGAUAGAAGUUAACAGUAGUGAUUGUGUUCAAGAGAGAGAGGAAGAAGAAGAGCACUUGAAAGUGACAAGUUUUGUAGAGCUGGGAAGAUCCGCAAGUGCGCGAAACAGUGCUCAACCAUGGCGAAAGUGGCCGCCGGAGAUGGGCUGGUCCCGGUGCAGGGCUUCGGUGAAGCUUCCCGAGCAACCAAUCGCCGGCCAAGUUCCGGCAGUGGUCAGCUGCAAGCUGACAACACGGACAGCGAUAGUGAUGGUGGCGGAAUCAAGCUUAAAAAGGAGCUCGGUCUCAUGGACGGAGUGGCGAUCAUCGUGGGAGUGAUCGUCGGUGCGGGGAUCUUCGUGUCCCCGAAGGGAGUGCUGCUGUACUCCGGUUCGAUCGGCCAGGCCAUCAUCGUGUGGAUCCUGUCCGGGGUGCUCAGCAUGGUGGGGGCACUGUGCUACGCCGAACUAGGAACCAUGAUCCCCAAGUCCGGCGGCGACUACGCGUACAUUGGGGAAGCGUUCGGCCCGUUGCCGGCCUUCCUGUACCUGUGGGUUGCGUUGCUGAUUUUGGUCCCGGCCGGCAACGCCAUCACGGCCAUCACCUUUGCCCAGUACCUGCUGCAGCCGCUGUGGCCAACUUGCGAGGCACCUUACGAGUCGGUGCGAUUGCUGGCCGCACUGAUCACUUGUCUUUUAACAGCAAUCAACUGUUACAAUGUAAAAUGGGUAACCCGAGUGACGGAAACGUUCACCGGAAUGAAGGUCGGUGCCCUGUUGGUGAUCGUGGCCGCUGGUGCGUGGUACCUGCUGGCCGGCAACACUGAACUGCUGCAGAAUCCGUUCGAGAACUCCAAGGUUCAGCCUGGGUUUAUCGCGCUAGCGUUCUACAAUGGACUGUUUUCGUACUCUGGUUGGAAUUAUUUGAACUUUGUAACGGAAGAACUGCGUGAUCCCUACCGAAACCUUCCACGAGCCAUCUGCAUCAGUAUGCCAACGGUGACCAUCAUUUACGUUAUCACCAACAUUGCGUACUUUGCCGUGCUGCCACCGGAUGUGAUGCUUUCGUCGCAAGCAGUCGCUGUUACCUUCGCGGAUAAAAUGCUCGGUUUCAUGGCCUGGGUCAUGCCACUGUUUGUAGCCUGCUCGACGUUUGGUUCGCUGAACGGUGCCAUCUUCGCCUCGUCGCGGCUGUUCUUCGUGGGAGCCCGCAACGGCCACCUGCCAGCCGCCCUGUCGCUCAUCAACGUGGGCUGCCUGACGCCGAUUCCGUCGCUGAUCUUUUUGUGCCUUCUAACGUUGCUUCUGCUGUUCAUACGCGAUGUCUUCUCGAUCAUCAACUACGUGAGCUACGUUGAAAUUUUGUUCAUCUUCAUCUCGGUUGCUGGACUGCUGAGGCUACGUAAGACAAAUCCCGAUGCCAAGCGGCCAAUCAAGGUUUCGUUGGUGGCUCCCAUAGUCUUCCUCCUGACGGCGGGCUUCCUAGUUAUCUUUUCCGUGUUUGAAUCGCCCACCGAGGUGGCCAUCGGAACGGCCAUCAUCGUGCUCGGCAUCCCGGUGUACUACAUCACGAUCCACAAACCGUGGAAGUGGCUUGCCGCCCGGUCCCAGGCCAUCAACAUGUUCUGCGCCAAGCUGUUUGUGUGCAUGCCCAACAGCGAAAAGAUGGAUUAAUCACAAUUCAGUAGCGACGAUCUUGUGUACAUAUUAGUAAGAGAUGAAACUCAAGCAAAACAUUCACAGUGUAGACAAAUACCUCAAAGGUAUUCCACAGGUACAUAUCGUGCGUGUAAAUACCAGCAAAAAAACAGAAGUUGCAGCCUUCAGACGAAUUUAAUUGUAGCAAUAAUAAUAUCGAUUCAAACUAGCACUUAAGCAUACUUUAGUUAGGCUUAGAAUCUCCCUCGUGUGUCUACUUUGCUCUCGAGUGAAAGCGAUGCUCAAGCAGUUCAAACAAUUCCACGCGCACAAACAAAUGACAAACGUACAAUACUUGCAUUUUCAGUAACAAUAAUUAGGAUAACACUAACAAUUCCAACAAUCAAGCAAAACACUAUCAAUCGAUACGACAGAACACACAAGACUGUAACAAAGUGAAGCUUUUCAUGGCAGAUUAGGCAUAAAUUAUACAUUAGGCUGUAUUGUAUUACUAAUUAGGAAUCUUUGAUACAGAUUUUUUUGGCUUUAUUGCAUUGAAGUAUGUUGUAAUUGGAAAAUAUAUAUAAAUAAAUUGCUUUAUUGCUCUACCCGUAUCACAA